CUACUAGGUACAUCCUAGUGCCUGUAAUGCAGCCCUAAUUCCCUGAAGCACAUCAAACCCCACUAACUAUAGUUUAAUGGCCGGGACUUACUAGGCCGGCUAUCGCGUUUUCUCCUCGCGUCGCCAAUAAAUUAUUCUUUCUACAUAUGCACUCAACUCUUUUUUGUCGAUCGCGAGUACCAAAGUUCACAAUAACAGAUACCCCCAACUCAUACUAAUAGACCAUUUAAAAUGGCUUCUUCACCACGACAUGAGGAAUACCAGUACCUCGAACUUGUGCAAGAGAUCUUGGACCAUGGCGAACGCCGACCUGAUCGAACGGGCACAGGCACUUACUCCAUAUUCGCCCCUCGACCCCUUAAGUUCAGCCUAAACGACGACGGAAAACCCAUUCUACCCCUCCUGACCACAAAGCGCGUCUUCCUCCGCGCCGUCAUCGCCGAGCUCCUGUGGUUCAUCGAGGGCAACACGUCCUCCGCCUCCCUGAGCGCGCAGGAUGUCAAGAUCUGGGACGGCAACGGGUCGCGCGAGUUCCUCGACAACCUCGGGCUCACGCACCGCGAGGUCGGCGACCUGGGCCCCGUCUACGGCUUCCAGUGGCGCCACUUCGGCGCCGAGUACGUCGACGCGAAGACCGACUACACGGGCCAGGGCGUCGACCAGCUCGCCGACAUCAUACACAAGCUGAAGACAAACCCGCACGACCGCCGCCUCAUCCUGUCCGCCUGGAACCCGCACGACCUGAAGAAGAUGGUGCUCCCGCCGUGCCACAUGUUCGCGCAGUUCUACGUCUCGUUUCCGCGGCGGAAAGGCGAGGUGGAGGAGGAAGGGGAGGGGGAGAGCAAGCCGAAGGGCCACCUGCACUGCCAGCUGUACCAGCGGUCCUGCGACAUGGGCCUCGGCGUCCCGUUCAACAUCGCCAGCUACGCGCUGCUGACGCACAUGCUCGCGCACGUCUGCGACCUGGUUCCGGGCAGCCUGACGCACGUCAUGGGCGACGCCCACGUCUACGUCGACCACGUCGACGCGCUGAAGGUGCAGCUGGAGCGCGAGCCGCGGCCAUUCCCGGAGCUGAGGCUGACGCCGGAAAGGGGGGACGCCAUCGAUGGAUGGAAGGUCCAGGAUAUUGCGGUGCUGAACUAUGAGCCGCACAAGACGAUUCCGAUGAAGAUGUCAGUUUAGGAAGGAAGUGACGUGGUACGAUAAUGAAUAUACUUGGUAAAAUUAUGAGAAAGGAUAUGAGAAAAGACUAGAUGGCCGUUAAGUAGAGCUAUUGAAGGUAAAAGCAUAGGAUAGGGAGGUGGUGGGAAGGUGUCUGCGUGUUAUAUAUCACAUUAGACUUGGUAGAGAAAAAGCGCAUCUUGAGGAUGGUAGACGAGACAUCCG